AUGCAGCGGCGCUCGGACAUUUUCACCGGUGCCUUUUGCGACCGGCAUGUUGCGCGGAUGCUCGGCGAAAACAUUCGGAUCGAUGCCGCGGAGUCGUUGUUGUUCGUUGUGUUCUCGGGGUGCGACGCGACUGAGAUGGAACAGCGCGUCGGCGAACUUGUGAAAGUUGAGUAUGCGGUCGCUGCGCCCGUGGACUCGGCCAUGGCGCAGGUGGCCGCGGCCGGCUGGGCAUCCGACGAGGCAGUCAACAUAGCCGCCAGCAGGGCGGCCAACGAGGCGGCCAACAGGGCAGCCAACGCGGGGGCCAACAAUUCGUCCGACGAGGGAGCCCACAGGGCCGCUAACACGGUAGCCAACGACGGAACCAACGAGGCCGCCAACAACCUGCAGUGCCCGAAGCCUGCCGAGCUCCCAGGCCAGCUCGGACGCCCGCGUUUCUGGAGCUGCCAGCUCGCGAAGCAAGCGGGCGCGCGCCACUGGCGGCGCGCCCGCUUCGUGGAGCGCCGCAGCAUGGCCUGCCAUGACGACGAGGACACCGGGUGGAUCUGGCAGAGGGAGCAGAGCAUCCUCGCGUUCAGGGCAGUGCACGGCGCUUCCGCGAACGGCUGCGGCAGGACCACCAAGAACGCGCGCAAGCUCAGGAACCGCGGCACUGGCUCCUGGGCCUUGCCGCCCCGUAGGCCCGAUGCGCGGGUCUGUGACGCGGCGAAGCUGGAGGACCCCGCGCGCGCGCCUGCCCGGUGGCCGCCGCCGGGCGUGCCGAAGCCACCACCGCCCGCGGGGCUCGUGACCAGCUGGGCCGCGGCGGCCCGUGCCGAGGACGGCGAUGUAGAGCUGUACGAAGGGAAGUUUGCCGAAGCCGGUAUCGGGACGGACGCGAAGACGCUGAAGGAUGCCGUCGCGGCAGCUUCCUGCAUGUGGACGCCAGUGGAGAAGAAACGAUUGCGCGUGGAGUGGGGAAAAGCCAUCCAGAAGCUGAUUCGUUACAGGCUCAGCCAACAGCGCGUUGACGACAUCGCAGAAAUCCUCGGUGAAUUCCGUGGUCUACAGCGUCUGGCCGCCAUCACGGGGACGAGCAAGAAGACGCACAUCAAGGAGGUGAGAAACAAGAGCGGGGAUCUGGAGCACGAAGCAUCUAUAGCGGAAGUCUUCGCGCAGUUCUACGAGGAUUUGUAUUCUGUUUCAAGGCAAGGCAAUAGGGCAUUCUCCUACGAGAUGUGCGGCGGAGACUGGGUGCCCGAUUUCACGGAAGAUGAGCUGAGAGACGCAAUCCAGGAGAUGCAGAACGGCAGGUCCUGCCACGACAAGGGGAUCGCAGCUGAGAUGGUCAAGGUGGAUUGCCCCUUCCUGCGCGAGCUAAUCCUGGGCACCUUCAACGCAAUAUUGAAUACGGGCCAACGUCUGCCCUCUGACUGGAUGGAGAGCCGCAUCACAGCAAGAAAGUAUGGCCUGAAGCUGCGCAUGGGGAAGACGGUUGUGCUCACGAAUGCUGAAGAGCGACCGCUGCACGUCCAGCGCGGGGGACGCGAUGUUCGAGCAUUACAACGCGGGGAAGCAGAGAAAUAUUUGGGAAGGAAACUGACGUUCGAUGCAUGCCACGAGACGGAGCUGACUAACAUAAUCUCUGCUGGGUGGGCUUCUUUCACAAAGUUGAAGUCAGUGCUCUGCGACCGCCGGCUUCCUCUGGCAGACCGCGCGCAGCUUUUCUGCGCCUGCGUCGCGCCCGCGGUGGCGGUGCUCUACGCAGCGGGAACGUGGACGUUGAAGAAGGACCAGGAGAGAAAGCUUCAGUCAGCACAGAGGAGAAUGCUGCGGAGCAUGGUGGGCACCCACCGGCGACUGGACGAGGGCUGGGUAGAGUGCAUCCGGCGUGCCACUCACGCAUGCCUGGGCUUAGCUGAAAAACACCACGUUGAAGAGUGGACUGCGCUCUCACAUGAGCACAAGCGGGAGCUUGCCGCCAGGGGUGCUCUGCGCGAAGACACCCGAUGGAACGCGCGGCCCCUCGACUGGAUCCCGCGGCAUCGCUUCGUGUCCCGCCGCUCGCAAGCCGGGCAGAAGAAGCGUGGCGCGGGUGGCGUUUGCGGGGCCGCUGCCGUGCCCCCGGCGCCCCGCUUGCCACCCGGCGCCGUGCGCGCCGUGCCCGGGCUGCCCGCCAGCGCCGCCGUGCCCGGCGCGCGUGCGCGCCGAGCCCCCGCCGCCACAGGUGCUGGCAAGGCGGAAGAGCGCCUGCGGAGGUGGCUGCCCUGGCUGGCUGCUCUGGCGACGGCCUGCAUCGCUGGGCGCUGGAGUAUGUCGACCCGCGACGACAAGCUCCCAGGCGCCCGCCUGCUGGUGCGGUUCGCAGCGAUCAGUGGACUCAUGAACGGCUGCUGCUCUGGCCCGCCUACGUGGACCGCCGACGCGAGUGGCUUCAGCGGCAACGCGGCGCGCUUCCGCGGCGAGCUCGACCGCGGGGCCCCGCGACAGAUGAUGCUGGAGGGCAGGGAGCUGGCCCGAGAGGCAGUGGGCCGCAGCGACCAGUCCACGCAGCCGUCGGAGGGCACUUCCGGCGCCUCUCUGGCCAGCUGCCGCCUGGGCUUGCUGGUGGAGGAGGACGCGCGGCGGCAGCUCUCGGGCGGUCUGCUGCUGGUGCGCGUGCGGCUGGCGGCGGACGAGGUGGCGUCGCUGCAGGAGCCUCCGCCGCGUUUCUUCCUCGUUCCGCGGCUGGCGUACCUGCCCUUUCUGUUCGGCUGCGUGUCGGAGCACUUCAAGGCCUGCCUGCCGCCCCAGUUGGGCCAGCCGUACGAGAUCUGGUUCGACUACGACGGCAUCCCGCUGAGGUGGCACCACCCGCUGGGGGUGCUCUGCGACGUGCUGGUCGGGCGCGAGGUGCCCGUGCCACUAGACCUCACGGCGCACUUCCGGGGCGGUUCUUCGAAGGCCGGGCUGACGCCCUUCGGAGGCGCCGGGGCGCUGCAGCGCGUGGUGAUGAGCUCCUUCCGGCAGGCCGUCUUCCUGCAGAGGGGCUGCACGGGCCCGUUCUCGCGGCUGCCGAGAGCCGACCAGACGCGGCUGUGGGAGGCCAUCGCGGGCUUCGGGACCGGCCACACACCCCAGGACACUUUCACGGCGAGCCGCAUGGAGCAGGCGCUCAAGCGGUACGCUGCGGCGCAGCAGCAGCUGCAGUGCGAUAGCCUGGAGAGGUGUCGGAGCCUGGCCGUGCGGAUCCACUUCUACGGCCCCCCGCAUGACGCGCUGUUGCUCCCGGCGGCGCCGCUAGAGGACGACGGCUCGCUGGCCACGGUCGGCGGGUUGCUGCAGCGGGCCAUGCCGCCCCUCUUUGACGCCGCGGGCCGCGCCCGCCUCGCCCAGGGGCUGGCGCCGGUCCCGGCCCGCCUCGCCGACGGCGUGGAGGUGCUGACCCACGGCGUGCUCGUGCCCCUGGACACGCCGCUCUACUGGCUCGCGCUGCACGCCGCGUACCUGGACCUGUUCGUUCACCUCGUCGUGCGCGUCCCCCCGGCCCUGCUCGGCCUCGGCCCCCGGGCCUGA